CAAACACCACGAAACCAAACCAGACCACCAGACCUGAGCCGCCGGAGCGAGGGGUAGGUAGGUGGCGCCUCUCCGUCGCGUAUUUAGAGUCCACCCCCUCCCCUUCCUCCUCUGUUCCACCUCACCAACCGAAACCAAACCAACCAAUCUACCACCCCUCUCCAAUGGCAGCCGCGCCCACGUCGCACCAGCUCGCCGCCGGGGCGCCCUGGAGCUCCCUCCCCCGCGGCGGGUUCCGGGCGCUCACGGACUCCGCCCCCGCCUCCGUCCGCUUCUCCGUCGGUCGCCGCCGCGCCGCCCGCCUAGAGGUGAAAGCAGCUGGAAACAUCUUCGGGGACUACUUCCAGGUUGCAACUUAUGGAGAGUCUCAUGGAGGCGGUGUUGGCUGCGUUAUCAGUGGUUGUCCACCCAGAAUCCCACUCACGGAGGAAGACAUGCAAGGAGACCUUGAUCGAAGGCGGCCCGGUCAGAGCAGAAUAACAACCCCAAGGAAGGAGACCGAUACUUGUAAAAUCCUUUCAGGGACAUACGAAGGAAUGACCACUGGGACACCAAUUCAUGUUCUUGUCCCAAACACGGAUCAAAGAGGGGGUGAUUACACUGAAAUGGCUAAGGCGUACAGACCUUCCCAUGCGGAUUUAACUUAUGACCUCAAAUACGGUGUUAGAUCUGUGCAGGGAGGUGGAAGGUCAUCGGCAAGAGAAACCAUUGGAAGGGUAGCUGCAGGAGCUGUUGCAAAGAAAAUUCUUAAGCUCAAAUGUGGAGUAGAGAUUCUAGCAUUUGUUUCCAAAGUGCAUCAAGUGGUACUUCCUGAAGACGCAGUUGAUUACGAAGCUCUUACCCUGGAUCAGAUAGAGAGCAACAUCUGUAGAUGUCCUGAUCCAGAAUAUGCACAGAAGAUGAUUGAUGCAAUUGAUAAAGUACGAAUUAAUGGGAAUUCGAUUGGUGGGGUGGUCACAUGCAUUGCCAGAAAUGUUCCUCGUGGGCUUGGUUCUCCUGUAUUUGACAAACUUGAAGCUCUACUGGCAAAGGCUAUGCUUUCUCUUCCUGCAAGCAAGGGGUUUGAGAUCGGUAGUGGAUUUGCAGGUACUGACCUAACUGGAAGUGAGCAUAACGAUGAGUUCUAUAUGGAUGAGGCUGGAAAUGUGAGAACACGAACCAAUCGCUCGGGCGGUGUACAGGGAGGGAUAUCAAAUGGUGAAACUAUAUACUUCAAAGUAGCUUUCAAGCCAACAGCAACUAUUGGGAAGAAGCAAAAUACUGUAACAAGGGAUCAUGAGGAUAUCGAACUUCUGACAAGGGGUCGCCAUGACCCAUGUGUUGUCCCUAGGGCUGUUCCAAUGGUGGAGACGAUGGCCGCAUUGGUCCUCAUGGACCAGCUGAUGGCACAUGUUGCUCAAUGCGAGAUGUUCCCGCUGAACCUCGCCCUACAAGAACCAAUCGGCUCCACGAACAGUACACCUGCGUUGGCACCAGAUCUAGCAUAAUACCUGCUUUGGAACGAGAAGGCCCUCUUACAUAUUCUCCUCCCUCUCUUUCAUCUCCCAUAUUUCAGGGUUUUGCUAAGCAGUUUGCAGUUUUGUACCAAACUGUAUACUAGAAUAUACAUUGGAUUAGUGUACACCAAGAGAUCUGUUGAUCACCGAAAAUAAAAAGUUUGUGACGUGAACAGUUUGUUCUGGACAACCAGUCAAUGUGAGCAAUAGAACAUUUCUCCACUUGUUGAA